GAGUGGUUCCCGUGCCGCCGCUGAUUCGGUUGCGGGCCGCAAUAGCUAAUCGCAUCAUCACGUCAUUGGCUUAGGGUUGUCGUUUAGAGAAUUGCCUUUGGUUUCGUCUGUUGAAGCGAUGAUCCGAUCCUAACGUCCCGAUCUACACGCGCUCGCUACCAUCGGCCUUUUCAUCGCCUGAAUCGCUGCCGACGGAUCCUCUCUCGUGGUCGACAGGCUUGCCGAUACUUCGAUUUCGGUCCUCCUUCGUUUUCGUGGUUCUAGGAGGGCUGCAAAACUAUUCAGGAACAGAUUUAUGUCGAUUUUAGUGAAUCAGUCAUCCGUUUUGGGUCCAGAAUUGACUGAUGAUGUAGAGGUUGCUCUGCUGUCUGCAGUCGAUGAUGACCAUGGAGGUGUCAUUGUUGAAUUGAAGGAACCAAUGGACCCUGCAGCUUUCCAUACUUCGUUAAGAGCAUCUAUAAGUAAUUGGAAGAAGCAGGGAAUAAAAGGUGCUUGGAUUAAAUUGCCUAUUCAACUUGCAAAUCUUGUUGAAGCUUGUGUUAAGGAGGGAUUUUGGUACCACCAUGCUGAACCCAGUUACUUGAUGCUUGUUUGUUGGCUUCCUAAUACCGAACAUACCAUACCUGUAAAUGCCUCACAUAGAGUGGGAGUUGGAGCUUUUGUAAUGAAUGAUAAAAGAGAGGUUUUGGUGGUCCAAGAAAAGAAUGGCAUACUUAGAGGUUUAGGUCUAUGGAAGUUUCCCACAGGAGUUGUUGAACAAGGUGAAGAUAUUCAUGCUGGAGUAAUAAGGGAAGUAAAAGAAGAGACAGGAGUUGACACUGAAUUUAUUGAAGUUCUUGCAUUCAGGCAGAGCCACAAGUCGUUCUUUGGGAAGUCAGAUUUAUUCUUUGUGUGCAUGCUACGCCCUCUUUCACACGACAUUUAUCCUCAAGAAUUAGAGAUCGAAGCUGCCCAGUGGAUGCCAGUGGAGGAAUAUGCAGCACAACCUCUCGUCCAGAAACAUGAGCUAUUAAAGUAUAUUCUUGAUGUCGGCAUGGCAAAGAUCGACAAGAGCUAUUCUGGCUUCUCGCCAGUUUCCGCGAAGGCACCAUUCUCUGGUUCACAGGGCCAUCUCUAUCUAAACAGCAGGGACUUGAACCUGCCAAGAACUGUCAACAUGUCUUAGAGAUGUUAAUUGUCUGUGAGUUCAUUGUAUUCAUGCUUCUUCAUUAUUCUCUAGUCACAUGCAAUUUAUUAUCAGGCGAUACAUGUUUUUUGUGGGUUCUGUUUCUAGCAUCAAACUUAUUGACAGUCUUCGUGAUAUCUAUCUGUAAGUUCGAACCAUAACUUUCCUUUCAGAUGUAAUUGGAUGAUUUAAUGACGCAUGAAGAUAAUGUGACUGCAGGUGCUGAGUCUAAAA